UAUAUGCUAAACCGUAAGUCAAGACACCAUUCUGAACUACGGUUUUCCUUUUUGCUUUCCUAGCUUUUAAUACCAUACAGCAAUGGCUUGCAGUGGGAAGCUUCACGUGGAGGUUGAGCUCAAGUCUCCUGCAGAAAAGGUCUGGGGAACUAUUAGGGACUCGACCAAAAUUUUUCCUGAAGCCUUGUCCCAUGAUUACAAGAGCAUUCAAGUGCUAGAGGGCGAUGGCAAGGCCCCUGGAUCUAUCCGCCUCAUCAAUUAUGCUGAAGGUUCUCCACUCGUUAAGGUAUCCAAAGAGAGAAUUGAAUCUGUGGAUGAAGCGGGGAAGAUAUAUGUGUACAGCAUCAUUGGUGGGGAUCUCACGCAAUACUACAAGACUUUCAUUGGCAAGAUCAUUGUCAUUCCCAAGGGAGAGUCGAGCUUGGUUCAAUGGUCCUGUGAAUUUGAGAAGGCAAGUGAAGAGAUCCCUGACCCAAGCGUGAUUAAGGAAUUUGCAGUGAAGAACUUUGUGGAGAUCGAUGACUAUAUUCACACCAAAGCUUAGAGGCCUGCAGGCCAACUACCUCUUUUAAUGGGCCGUCUUAUGUUUUAUUAGUAAAUAAUAAUGCAGGGUGUUCCUACUUCGGUCCUUAAUUAGCUCACCUUCUUGAGUAGUGACCUCUUGCUAGCAAGAAGAGACAAGGAACAGUAUUUAUCACUCUGUUGCGUCCUAUUUUCAAGCUGGCUUAUUGUAUUGGGUUUUCUUAAUUAUCCCUAUAUUGUCUAUUUUAAUUUAAAGGAGUUCCAUUUCUACCGUGAUA